AUGGAUUCAAGUUUCAAUGAAAGCUCUCAUAAUUUAAAACAUGAUUUGAUUUUAGAGAACUCGAAUCCGUCAUAUAAUGUAGAUGAUGAAAAAAACGUCUUAUUUAGUCAAGUGAAUGUCAAAGGAUUUGAUAAAUACUCAGAGCUACUUGAAGACGAAAUCAAUGCAUUAGAUAAUUUAGUUGAAAAUAUCCAGGAUCCUCGUAUUGAAAAAUACGAUCAACUUCUUCAGACUCAUAAAGGAUUGCAAAAAGGAAAUGAGGAAUUGCGAAAAAAUUAUGAAACAUUACAAAAAAAUCAUGAAGAAUUACAAAAAGUUCACGGUGUAUUACAAAAUGAUCACAAAGAAUUACAAGAUAAAUUUCAAUCUUGUAAAAAUGAAAAAGCACAAAUAGCAAAUCAAUUAAAACAAUUAAAAAAAUUAGAAACAAUUAAUACUAAAACCAUUGAUAAUUACAAAAAAAAUGCUGAUUAUUACGAAAAUUAUGUUGAUGAAUUAAAAAAAGCCAAUGUCGACUUGAAAGAACAAGCAUCGAAAUACCAAUCAGCACUUGGAAUUGCAAAGACCUUUCGAUUAGGCGAUGAAGAUAAAAAUAAUUCCGUACAACUUAGAGAUGACAUUUUAAGUUUACAAAAUGCUCUAGAAAUUUACAUAACGAAUUUAAGACCAAACAUAUCAAUUGAUAUAAAAAUGGUAAAUACUCUUUUUACCAAAUAUCAAAGUAAAAUUAAGUUGAAAACAAAAGAUAAUGCUUUUUCUUCUAUUAAAGCUGUCUUACAACGUCAUGUCCUAGAAACAAUUUUCGGUUAUAUAAAAACAUAUUUUGAUCGUACGAGUUCAAUUUUUGAACGGGUGUCAUUUUUUAAUCGUAAAGAUGAUUAUUAUCUUGAAGCACAGUUUGUUAACAAGGCAAAAGAACUUGAUAAGUUAGCAAAUGAAUUCGCAAGUACACGUGAUGGAACUGAUAAUGUAACUUCGGCUGUACCCAUUAAAAUAAGGCAACAAAUUUACGCAGCUUUAGGUACUCGUGGAUUUUCCGACAUUGUGAUUGAUGAAAACAAGCCAAAUGAGCAUAAUUUCAUCAAUUUGCAUAAAGAAAAACUUAACAAAGAAAUGGAUUCUUAUCGAAAGAUAAACGAUCCUGCUAAAGAAAAAGAAAUCAAAAAUAAAACUGCAGAUAUCAUCCGUGAAGUUGUUAGGAUAUUUUUCUUUCGUCUCAAAACCCAAGAACCAAUUGCAGAAUAUGAAUGGAUUAGUCCUAAUGAAGAAUUCGAUUCAAAUAGAAUGACAGAAUCCUCACAUGAAGAUGAUAUAGAAAAUGCAUACGUGGAUUUAUGUAUUUUCCCUCUUAUUUAUAAAAAAUCCAAUUAUUCGUCAAAUUUACAAGUUUAUACUCCUGCAAAAGUCCUAAUUCACUAUAAACAAUAA